AUGUAAAUAUUUUACAGAGUGUACGACGAAUUGGAAGCUCUCGAAGCUAUAUUGAUCGAAGACCUCGCCGUGAAGCAUGACAAUGGUGUGCCGAGUAUUGUUGAGACUAUAAUCCAUCCAUCUACUGGAGAUCAGAUCGAUCAACAGUAUGUUUGCUUGACUCUGGAGAUCAAGCUGACUCCGGACUACCCUGAAACUAGUCCAGAGGUGUUCCUCAGGAACCCUCGAGGUCUCGAUGACCAGCUCCUGGCUAAUAUCGAUUUAAAAAUCAAGGAGAAGUUGGAUAGACAUGUCGGGAAUCCGAUCGUUUUUGAACUGAUUGAGAUUGUUCGUGAGUAUCUCACCCAAUGUAACUUGCCAAGUGGACAGUGUGUGAUCUGUCUUCACAACUUUGUCAAUGGUGAUGUGUUUAUUAAGACACCGUGCUAUCAUCACUUCCAUAGCCACUGCUUGUCCAAGCAUUUGAUUAACAGCAAGAAGUAUUACUUGGAGGAAAUGGAGAAACUGCCCAAUUGGCAAAGGGCUCAAGCUCAGCCUUACCAGCAAACCUGUCCCGUUUGCCGCUGCACCAUCUCCUUUGAUGUGAAGACGCUCGAAAAGGCUCCCCCACCAGUUGAUUCUGUGAAUGCUCCACCGUUUCGCUUAACUGCUGAGCUGAAGGCUCUGCAGAAGCGUAUGUCUGAGAUGCUAGCCCGCCAGGCAGCCCGUGGUGGGGUGGUGGGCUCUGGCGAUGAUGGUCCACCCAUGCUGACUAUCACCACCCCGGUUGACAAUGAGGAAGCCAAAGCUUCUACUAGUGGCGCUCAGGCUGAAACAAGCGCUCGGGCCGGACCCAGCACCUCAACUGAUAACACUCCAGACCAGCCGUACCGUGGACCAUACCGCGGGUUCAACCGGCGCGCCAAGCCGGGCCGGCGCGGGCGCGGCGGCGCGCGGUGA